AUGUCCGUUCGCUCGACAGUAUCGGACUUUUUGGGCACGAAAGUGGCCGUCAUAGAAGCCGAGCUCGACUGGAUCCGUUGCUUUCGUGACAGAUUAGACGAGGUAAAGACUGAAUGGCUGAUCAACGAUGAGGAGUUUUCUACCGAAAUACAGCCAUUUCUGGGUUCCUUCAAAAGCCUGUCCCAAAACCUCAAGGUUUUGAAACGUCAGAAGAGGCUGAUUGAAGAUGACUUAACGGAAGAACUUCAAGUGAAAAGGUACCGCACCACAGAGCCGGGUGACGGGCACCUGGAACGGGCCUACGCUUCCACCAUGGUAGCCCGAGUUAUGGCGGCGUUGAGCAAUCAAAAGAAGGCGAGGUAUUUUAACCAGAAUCGGUUCAGGAAAGACGUGGUCCAAUACUACAACGCAACUGACCCCGAAGAUGGGAGCUGUGUGUGGUGCCAUGUACUCGAGACGUAUCUACCACCCGCCGAGAUCAAAGCUGCCCACCUUGUCCCGAAAAGGCUAUCCAACGAUGAAGUAUCGUUUCUCUUCGGGGCUAGAGAAGGAGUGUUAUCCGAUUGCCGUAACGGAAUCACUUUAGCAGCCGCCGUCGAAAAGAGACUAGACGAAGGAACGAUCGCCAUCGUGCCGAUUGCUGGAGAUAUCACAGCACCCACUAGAUGGCAGUGCAUAGUACUCGACGAGACUAAGGCCAAGGAGGUAGUGUGGUGGGGUCCCCGCACCCCCAAAGGUCCGAAAAGAGUCGUUGUUCGCGUUGAGGAUAUUGACAAAAAGGAGCUGACCUUCCUCGGUGACAACCGACCCGCCCGCCGUUACCUCUUCUUUCGUUUUGUCAUGUCGUACCUUUACGCCAAGGCCAGCGGCAACAAUACAGUCAAUGAAAAGGUCAAUAGGCAUAACUUCUGGCCCACUAUGGGCCGUUAUCUACAUAGGUCCACGCUUGUUACCCUUGCACGCUGCGUUUCGGGUAUCGAGCUGCCACCAUCGUUGCUCGAAAUGAAUACAUUUGAACCAGAUGAAGAACUGGACAAACGGAUAGGCCAAGAUAUCGGCAUGCUACUCGGUGCCGAACUCAGGGAGGCCUUCCUAUCUAGUAUGGAAGAAAAAGAAAAAGACGACGAGGAAGAAGACGAAGAGGCUACCGACGAUGAGUACACUAGCACUGAUGAGUGA